UCAGGAUCUUGUGAGACGAUUGUGCGCUUGGAGAGAUUUAAUGGCUCGUGUGCAUGAUGAGAGCUUGAGAUUUGUAUUAUCCGAGCAGGCUAUUGUUGCUCUUGCAGAUAAAGUUCCAGCAACUGCAACAGACAUAUGCUUCACCAUAGCUCAAGCUGAUUUGGCUGUUGAUUCUGUGAAUUUUAAUUCCUGUCUCCCAUCUCCAUCCCCUGUUGUUUGCAGUCAUUUGGGUGACUUCCAUAAUCUAAUCCAGGAUAACAAAGGAAGUCUUGACGGUAUUUUUCAAGCAAUUCUUCAUAAGUGUCUGGGUCCAAAUGGAAGUUGCCCAUUGUCUGUUUUUAAUUAUACUUUACUGGCAAAAUGUAAUCUAAAACUAAAAUGUCAGAGCGAUAGAUUAGUCUACAAACAAAAUGGUUGGGUUAGAAAUUCAAAGCAAUUUGCUCGGAAGGCUUCAAGAGAGCUGUUUGUCCAAAAAUUUUCCUGUAAAGCUCCAGUUUAUCAUAACUGUAGGAUCUAUGCAAAUGAUGGACGGUUGCUCUGUUACUGCGACCGCAGAAAACUUGAAUGGUAUAUUCAUCGAGAUCUUGCAAAACUUGUUGAUGACAACCCACCUGCUAUAAUGCUUCUUUUUGAACCCAAAGGCCGUCCAGAAGAUGAAGGCAAUGCCUUUUAUAUUCAAAGUAAGAAAAAUAUAUGUGUUGGCUGUGGUGAAGGAAAUCACUACUUACGCUACAGAAUUAUUCCCUCAUGCUACAGAAUGCACUUCCCUGAGCAUUUAAAAAGCCAUCGUUCCCAUGAUAUUGUCCUACUCUGUGUGGACUGCCAUGAGGUAGCUCACGCCGCUGCUGAGAAGUAUAAGAAACAAAUUGCCGCAGAAUUUGGAAUACCACUUUUCAUUCAUAAAGUAGUUGAUUCAAAACAAGCACAAGAUAGACCGGGGUCGUCAACGAUGGACACUGAGGAGACAGGUGUAUCUCCUUUACAGUUGCGCACAGCUGCCAUGGCUCUUUUGCGCCACGGUCCAAGAAUGCCUUCAGACCGUAGGGAAGAACUGAGACAGAUUGUCAUGAGAUAUUAUGGAGGAAGGGAAAUAUCUGAAGAAGACUUGGAAAGAGCUCUGCUAGUUGGAAUGAGUCCUCGUGAGAGAAGACGACUUGGGAAGAAAAGAGGGGUGUAUUUGAAACAUUCUAACUGUGUUGAUGUUCCUGAUGAGGAGCACAAGAAUUUCAGUGGUGGCACUGAAAAAUCUGCCACUAUGGGUGCCACAGAAGCUAAUAAUCUAGAUGGGUUGCUUGCUACUGAAACAGAACUGUUUGGUGAAAAAGAAAACCAUAAUUUUGCAACUGUAACGGAUGACGACAUAAGCAAUGCAGGGGUUGAUCAAGUAACCUCAUCUACCAAUAACAAGAAUAUGAAUUCCAUUAGAGGUGAAGUUUCUGAUACAAAAGAUAAUUAUGAUGGCAAAGAUGAUGAUGACUCUGAGAAUAGAAGUGUAAAUGGAGCAGUCGACUUACUUUAUCCAAGCUAUGAUGGAAGCAGUUCACCAAAGCAUAAUUCUAAGUUAUCGCUAUUAGGACAUGGACCUCAUGGAAAACAAGUAGUUGAUUAUCUACUGCAGGAAUAUGGGGAGGAUGGCAUUCGUCAGUUUUGCCAAAGGUGGAGACAAGUUUUUGUUGAAGCUAUUCAACCUCGUUUCUUGCCUGCUGGCUGGGAUGUACAGCACAGUGGCAGAAGAGAAUUCGGCGAAUUCAGCGUAUACAAUCCUGAUAAGAAAUCUGAUGAAGCUGCUUCUACAAGUUAAUUUAUAGGUGAAAUUUCAGAGUAAAGACCAUGCGAAGAUCAUCAAUCAACCAGCAGCAAUAUGCUAUUCAUCCUAAAUUACUAUAUCACCUUCUUGUUAUAUUGUAGCAUUCAAAACUCUU